AUGAUAUCUUCAAACGUUAUUCACAGUGGAGAUUCCAUUAACAUUGUGAACCCUCCCGGACACGUUCUCAAUGGCAAAAAAAUUACGAAUGGGCUCCAUAAAAAGAAGGUAGAUAAUUUGGAAGAAAAGUCUUCCUAUGAACAAGUUCCGUUACAUACCGCUUGUUUCACAUACCUUGGUUUUUAUCUGCUGAUGAUUUUGGGAUACAUAAAUCAACUCUUUUUUACACCAAAAGUGGCUACUGAAAAGUUCAGAGACGGCUACGUUCCACUCUACGAUGCGUUUGAAAAGUUUUACCUACGCUAUGUUUACCGACGUGUUAAGGACUGCUGGAAUCGUCCGAUUUCCAGUGUUCCUGGUUCAGAAGUAGUAUUGAAAGAUAGAAUUACCAAGGAUUAUGGAUGGUCUUUCCAAUUUACCGGAACGGAGACGAAAUGCCUGAACUUAGGAUCGUACAACUAUCUUGGGUUUGCGCAGAAUGAAGGACCAUGUGCCGAUGAAUCCGAAGAAUGCAUACGAAUGCAUGGUUUGGCAGCUUGUAGCUCUCGUAGAGAACUAGGUACAAACCCUUUGCACGAUGAACUGGAGUUGUUAACAGCCAAAUUUUUAGGCGUUGAGGAUGCAAUCGUCUUUGGCAUGGGAUUUGCAACCAAUUCUCUCAACAUACCCACACUAAUUUCUCCAGGUUGUUUGGUGGUUAGUGAUGAAAAAAACCAUGCCUCUAUCAUAUUGGGCUUAAGACUUUCCGGUGCCACGCCCAAGGUAUUCAAGCAUAAUAACAUGAAAGAUCUAGAGCGAGUGCUACGGGAUUCAAUUAUAUCAGGACAACCGGGUAGCGGCAAACCUUGGAAAAAGAUUCUUAUUAUCGUGGAAGGAGUAUUCAGUAUGGAAGGAUCCAUCGUAAAGCUCCCGGAGAUAAUAGCGUUGAAAAAGAAAUACAAGGCUUACAUCUACUUAGAUGAAGCUCAUAGCAUUGGAGCUACUGGACCAUCGGGGCGUGGCGUAUUAGACUACUAUGGGAUCGAUCCGAACGAUGUAGACAUCCUCAUGGGUACUUUUACUAAAAGCUUUGGUUCUGCCGGAGGUUAUAUUGCCGGUAAAAAGAGUCUUAUAAAUUUUUUAAGAGUUCAUAGCCAUGCUCACUGCUAUGCCAGUUCCAUGUCGCCACCAGUGACACAACAAAUUUUGACAUCAAUGAAGAUCAUUCUUGGCUUGGAUGGAUCUUCUGAAGGUAAAAAUCGCAUUUCUCAAUUAGCACGAAAUACGCGCUAUUUUAGAAAACGGUUAGCCCAAAUUGGAGUCAUCACUUAUGGACAUGAAGAUUCUCCGGUUGUCCCCAUGCUGGUGUAUUUGUUUUCCAAAAUUGGAGCUGUUGUUAGGACAUUAACCGCUAAAAACAUUGCUGUUGUCGGUGUGGGUUUUCCUGCGACACCAAUUAUGGAGGGGCGAAUUCGCUUUUGCUUAUCCGCAGCACACACCAAAGAGCAGCUGGAUUACGCUCUCUCAGUUAUCGACAGCAUAGGGAAUACCUUGGGCUUGAAAUAUUCCCGCAAACCAAAAAAUUUAAGCCACAUCGAGUAUUAGUGAAACUGUGAAAAAGAACCUAAAAUCGAAAGUGAAUCGAAAACAAUGACGUUGCUUAUGAUUGAUUUUAUUCCAGUUCCAGUGAACAAAUGCAUACAAAUAAGCUACCUUUCUUCACUUCACUUGCAAUAGUAUUUUA